AUCAAGAAAAAUGGCGAAUGACGAAGAGGAUUAUAUGUCUGAUGCUUUUCUUACCCAAAUGUUUCUCUAGCAGUCCACCCAGCCACCUAAUGGGCAGCCUUGAGAUUUUCUUGAGAUUUCUCUCGAAAAUCACAUUGGCUUUAUUCUGUAUGUACUAAUGAGGUAAGCAAGGUACGGGUUAGAAUGGAUGUUAGGCCUGGCAUGCCAAUGGUGAAACGUGCAAAGGAGGCUUUAAGGAGAGAGACACUCCACAAAGAGAAAAAUAUUCAGAAUAAUCAGAAAAGCUACAAGGAACAUGAGCGGGAUAGACGAGAUGCUGCACUGGAGACCUCCAUAAGUUCUGAAAAUAAAGGUUUUGCAUUGUUAAGUAAGAUGGGAUACAAACUAGGACAAGGCCUAGGAAAAGAAGGUGGUGGACGAGUUGAACCAAUUCCAAUCAAUAUCAAAACAGAUCGAGGGGGCAUUGGAAUGAUGGAGCUCAAGAAAAGGAAGGCAGAAGAAAAAUUAGAAAAUUACAGAAAAAAAGAGCAGACGAAACAACAGAUAGAGAAGAAAUCUUUUGAGGACUUCAGAGAGCGCAAGAGAUCAGAAAAAGACAAGCACCAAACAGAGCAAGACCUGAGAAAGAGCCAGCAGGCCUGUGAACAGCUUGACAGUCAAAAGGGUAUGAUUGUACCAAAGGACAGCUGGUACUGGCCUGAAGUAAUUAAGGAUGAAGAUGGUGAUCAUAGUGAUGAGUCCACCAUUGAGGGAAGUAAAGAGAAGGAGGAAUUAACACCAUUAGUCAAGCUGCAGUUUAUCACAUCAUAUUUAAGAAGUAUGCAUUUCUACUGCUUAUGGUGUGGGACAGCAUAUGGUGAUGAGGAGGAUUUAAAAUUGAAUUGUCCUGGUGAUACAGCAGCAGAUCACAAUGACUAAAACAUCAAGAUUAUUUUGGAGCCCUGCCUGCUUAUUGUCAGAUUUGCUCUUAUUUCACUCUUCUUAUUGCAUGUUUGUUUAUUUUUUUACUGCACUCUUUCAGAUGUUUUGAAGCACCUUUCAAAUUUUAUUCAACACUGUUGAGAUUGACUGACUGGAUUUCUGUCCCCAGUGAUUGACAUCAGAAGCUUGAUUUUAUUAUUUCUAAAUAACUAUGUAUGAUGUAAUAUUUUUGUUUUAAAAACAGAACAUGGAUGUUCCAUAAAAAACAAAAGGUGUAAUUUAGUGUAAGCUUGUAGGAGAAGUACAAUGAUGAAUAAACUAAGAUCAGGACUAAUAAAUUACACUAAUCUAUUUAUUUAGCUAGAAUAUGAAGUAAAAUGAGUGGUCCUAUUUUCUUACUUGAGCUUUAUUUUCAAAAGUCAGGUAAAGCUCCCUUAUACAGUGCUUUUCACUUUCUCACCCUCUUUGAGUCAACAACCCAGAUAGUGAGCAAAAGCUAUGUAGCAAACAAAAGCCUUAGUUAAAUGUACAGUAUAGUUUGUGCCUUUGGCAUGGUUCUUCUAAGAGUGUAUGUGAGUGCUGAAGUGACAGUAUCAGACACUAGACAAUAACAACAUUAGUUGAAUUAAGAGCACAUGUUCAAUUAAACCCACUUGCAGCAAAUGUUUGCAAACCGCUGCCGAUGUUUUGCACCUGUGUUCCAUUUGGAUCAAAGACUAUAGUAUCCACAUACAACAUGAAAUUGGGGUCUUCUGGCCGUAAAUUAAGCCCCCAUUACCUCGGCCUCUUUAAGGUACUCAGACACGAUUUCUUAUCGUAUACAGCUCCGACCUUGCAGUCGUAUCAAUCCGACCUUCCAUGUCUCCUUGCUAAAACCUGUUCACUAUAGCCCUUUCUCUGCAGGUUUUGCUCCUGCCAGUCCUCCUGCUCCUCUACAUAUAGACGGCCAGCCUACCUAUUUAGUAUGAGUUGUCCUGGAUUCCUGCAGGUGUAGGGUUCACCGGCAAUACCUCAUCAAUUGGGAGUGGUAUGGACCGAAGGAACAAUCAUGGGUGCCUACAGGAAACAUACUGGACUCCUCACUCAUCUCUGAAUUCCAUGCCGCCCAUCCAGACUGUCCCAGUCCCAGAGGCUGGGGCAGGCUGAGGGUAGUUCAUUCUCUGUUGUCUGGAGCCGCCUGUCAGAGGGGGCAGGGGUUCUGUUACGAAUUUGGCCCAGCCCACUAGUUUUACCGCACCCAGACCUAGAUCACCUUCUCCUGAGUACUAAUGAGUGACAACUGUUUUUUGCAUCUGUUCCCUUUUAAAGACUCCUGUUCUCCCAGACCUCUUUGUGAAGUAUUGCCAUGCUAGUAUGCAUACCAAGUGUUCUCUUCUGUUGAUUUUUUCUGUUUCCUCCCAAGACUAUGCCUUGCUCCUAGCCCUUCGAUUCACACUGGACUCUGCCAGGUUGUGAACCUGGAUUUGACCACUCUGCAUCGUGAUCUCCUGGUUGCUAAUGCCAAUCCUAUUAACUCCUCAAACGGUCCCUACCUGUAUUGUGAUCCCAUUAAAGUCUUUACCAUUUGGAUCCAAA